AUGAAACUAAAAAGACAUACUUAUAGAGAAAGUGGAUUCUUUGCUCUUUAUCGUGGAAAUUCUGCUUCUUUGGCAAGAGUUGUACCUUAUGCAGCUAUACAAUUUGCGGCCCAUGAAGAAUACAAGAAAUUAUUGAAAGUUGAUAUUGAAGGUUCAACACCCUAUCGACGAUUUUUGGCUGGCACACUUGCAGGCGUUACUGCUGUUAUUUUUACAUAUCCAUUAGAUACUGCCAAAGCUCGUCUUUCUGUCUCAACAAAACAAGAAUAUGAAAAUUUAAGGGCUGUUUUUAUCAAGGAAUGUAAAACACACGGAUUUUUAACUUUCUAUAGAGGCCUUUACCCGACUCUUUUGGGUGUAGUGCCUUAUGCGGGUCUUUCGUUUUUUACUUACGAGACGCUCAAACUUAUUUACAAAAAAGAAUUUGGUGAUAAACCAAUGCAUCCUUUAUUGCGUAUGAGUUGUGGUGCUGUCGCGGGUACAAUAGGACAAUUUUCUUCUUAUCCACUCGAUAUAAUAAGGAGAAGAAUGCAAACAGGAAAAAUUGGUCCAAACAAAAAUGUAAUUCGUGUACUUGUUGAAAUUUGGAUUUUUGAAGGAUUGUUUAGAGGACUUUACAAAGGAAUUAGCAUGAAUUGGAUAAAAGGUCCUAUAGCAGUUGGCAUCAGUUUUACAACUUAUGAUUUAUUAAGUAUUCCUUUAAAGCGGUGGUGGACUUCUCGAGUGAUUAAUUGA